AUUCGCCCUCAUCGUACUCUUUAUAAUCUUCUCCGGUACAGAAACAGACAGAUUGAAUCAGUAUUCACUGAUUUUAGAAUCCACUGCUCAUUUUUAUCACAACCUACAGAACCUUCAGAAGCGAUGUGUUCCACACAGAACCAUGAGUCAUGCUGAGACAAAAGAAGAUAAGUGGAAAAAGGAGAGCUCCAACUCCAUUGAACCCGUUGUAUGUCCUCGAGGCCUGAUCAGUCAUUGCCAGAGCCUCCAACCGUCAAAGGGGAAUCUGCGCCUCAGGAAAGGAAAGGUCAGAAUCCCCUGUAGACAGGUCUGUGUCUUUGAAGAGUGACCAGUUGUUGCCAGAACCUCCAUCCUUCAAAGUGGAAUCAGCCCCUCAGGAAAGACGAAGCUGAAUGGCUGUACUAAGCCAGAGGAGUUAAUGCUUUGAUGUGAUUGAUGUCCUGCGUACACUCACCUCCCAGAAAUAAUGGCAAAGGAAUACAGGAAAGUUAAAACCUCUGAAAUGAGUCUCCAAGAGAAGCACUCAGAGUUUCAUAGAGGUCAACAGAGGUCGAUAUCUACUGGGACAGGUGACAAGCUUCAAAAGAAGAUUAAAGACCUCUUCAAAAUCUUCAAUGAGAUUGAGAAGAAAAUAAUAGGGCUUGUAAAGCAUGAGCUGGAUAUGUAUAAGAAGCUUCUGAGAAAGGAAAGCACACAAUAUUAUAGAAAUGUCAAGCAAAGGAAAUGUGAUUUAAGACAGGGAGUUCUUAAUAUGACACUUUCCUACUUAGAGCAGAUGGAACAUGAGGACCUCGCUGACGCGCUACAAAAUGAGCUGAUUGGAAUUAUACAGCGUCCAUUGAAAGAAAGACUGAGGAAUACAUUUUAUUAUCAUGUAUGUGAAGGAAUUGCAAAGCAAGGAGAGUCCACCAGUCUAAACACCAUCUACACAGAUCUGUACAUCACUGAAGGUGGAGCUGAACAGGUCAACAAAGAACAUGAAGUGAGACUCAUUGAAAAAAACAAUGUAACAAGAGACACAAAUCAAAUGGAGCAAGAAGUACAAAUCAAAUGCAAGGAUAUGUUUGAACCUCUAACUGAAGAAAACAAACCCAUCAGAACUGUUCUGACCCAGGGGGUUGCAGGUAUUGGAAAAUCAAUCUGUGUGCAGAAGUUUAUUUUGGACUGGGCUGAAGGUAAAGAAUACCAGGACAUCCAGUUCAUCUUCCCACUUCCCUUCCGAGAACUGAACCUGAAGAAAGGAUGUCAGAGUUUGAUGGACAUCAUCUAUUUCUUCUUCCCAGAGACACAGGGACUGAGAUUAACCGAUCAGAAUAAAGUCCUGUUCAUCUUUGAUGGACUGGAUGAAUGUCAACUUCCUUUAGCAUUCCAGAAAAAUGAAACUCUGAACAGUAUCUCAAAAGCAGCCCCACUGGACGCUGUGAUGACGAACCUUAUCAAGGGAAAUCUGCUGCCCUCUGCUCUGAUCUGGAUAACCACUAGACCAGCUGCAGCCAGUAUGAUCCCUGCUGAGUGUAUCGACCGAGUGACAGAGGUGCGCGGCUUCAAUGAUGAGCAGAAAGAGGAAUAUUUCAGAAGGAGAAUCAGUGAUCAGGACCUGGCCAACAAAAUAAUUGAUCACAUCAGAGAAUCAAGAAGCCUCCACAUCAUGUGCCACAUCCCUGUCUUCUGCUGGAUCUCAGCCACUGUACUUCAGAGAAUUCUAGAAGAAACAGAGAAUGAAGACACACCAAAGACCCUGACACAAAUGUACACCUGCUUUCUGAUCUUUCAGACCGUACAAGGGAACGCAAAGUACAUUGGAAAGAAUGCCUUGGACAUACCAUGGGAUAAAGCCACCAUUCACUCACUGGGAAAGUUGGCUUUUCAGCACUUGGAAGAAAACAGCCUGAUAUUCUAUUCAAGUGAUCUAGAAGCCUGUGGAAUUGACUUCAGGAAUAUAUCAGUGUACUCAGGACUGUGCACUCAGGAGACAGGCAGAUUUCAUGACACAGUGUUCAGUUUUAUCCAUCCGAGCAUUCAAGAGUUCCUUGCUGCUGUAUUUGCAUAUGUAUCUCUCAGAAAUGACAACAAGAAUGUUUUAGACCAUCAGUCUGAAUCACAGGAGAGCAAGAAAACAGAAGUCAUUGAUUUGCUCAAGGCUGCAGUAGACCAGGCUUUGAAGAGUGACCAUGGACACCUGGACCUUUUCCUUCGCUUCCUUCUGGGUCUCUCUCUGGAGUCUAAUGAGCAGCUCAUUCGAGGUCUGCUGACCCAGAAAGGAAGCAGGUCUGACUGCCAGAAGGACAUAGUUGAGUACAUCAAGUCAAAGUUUAAGGAAAAUCCAUCUCCAGAGAGAUCAGUCAAUCUCUUCUACUGUCUGAAUGAGCUAAAUGAUGAUUCUCUAGUGAAAGAGAUCCAGAGUUACAUGAGCUCAGGACGUCUCUCUGAAGCUGAACUCUCACCUGCACAGUGGUCAGCUCUGGUCUUUGUGCUGCUGACAUCAAAAAAGAAGCUGGAGGUGUUUGACUUAAAGAAGUUCAUCAGAUCAGAUGAGUGUCUUAUCAGACUGCUGCCGGUGGUCAAGGAAGCCACAUCAGCUCUGCUGAGUGAGUGUAACCUGACAGAGAGAAGCUGUUCAGCUCUGAUUAAAGUUCUCAGCUCAGAAUCCUCUAAGCUGACUUUUCUGGACCUGAGCAGGAAUCCUAUACAGGACAGAGGAGUAGAGCUGCUCUCAGCUGGACUGGAGAGUGAAAACUGCAAACUGCAGAAACUGAGUCUUUCAUUCUGCAGUAUGACAGAGGAAGGAUAUGCUGCUCUGGCUUCAGCUCUGAAAUCAAACCCCUCAUCACACCUGAUAGAGCUGGAUCUCAGAGGGAAUGAUCCUGGAAAUACAGGAGUAAAGAGGCUCACUGAUCUACUAGAGGAUCCACACUGUAAACUGAAGACAAUAGGACUGUUGAAAAGUUCUGCUACAGAGGAAGUAUGUGAUUCUCUAACUAAAACUCUAGGAAUAAACCCCUUACUGCUGAGAGAGCUGGAUCUGAGUGGGAAAAUACAAGGAGAUUCAGACAUGAAGAAGAUCUGUUAUCUACUGGGGGAUUCAAACUGCAGAACUCAGAAACUGAAGCUGAAUAAGUGCAGUAUUACAGAGGAAGGCUGUGCUGCUCUAUCAUCAGCUCUUUGUUCAAAUCCUUCACACCUGAUAGAGCUGGAUCUGAGUGAGAAUAAACUAGGAAACUCUGGAGUGAAGCACAUCUGUUCUCUACUGAACAAUCAGUGCUGUAAACUGCAGAAACUAAAUCUUUCCUUCUGCAGUAUAACAGAGGAAGGAUAUGCUGCUCUGGCCUCAGCUCUGAAAUCAAACCCAUCAUCAACCCUGAUAGAGCUGGAUCUCAGAGGGAACGAUCAUGGAGAUACAGGAGUGAAGACGCUCAUGGAUUUACAAAACGAUCCACGCCGUAAACAGAAGUGUGGAUGGCUGCUUUAAAAAGUCUUUAUAUAAGGAAUAUCGGAUGACAAGUCAGAAACAGCAGCAAAGGAUCUGGAUGGACAGUCACCAUGUCAAACAGAGUGGGUCUCUGCUGUCUGGCUGGAGUCCACUUAAAUGUGAUGAGCUAAAUGGACGAGAAACAGCUUUUUCAUUUUUGUGUUUCAACUUAAAUUUUGGGCAAACCAGUCAAAUUACAUGUCAUGUUGAUUUUUUGAGUGCUACAA